GCAAUUAUGAGCAGCAAACAAAGGGACGUGCAUGGAUCAGAAAAUAUCCUCACCCCACAACAAGUCUCUCUGUUUGGCUAUGUCUUUCUGAUACUUCUGCAGAAGCUGGUCUUUUGCUGUCCCACUAUUUGCCAGAGCUGCACGGAGAAGCAGGUCAAUUGCCGCAGCUUGGGCCUAGCUGCUAUACCCAAAAACUUUCCAAAAACAGUGACUCUCCUUUAUUUAAGUGGCAAUAACCUUACCAAUAUACUUCCUAAUGAGCUAGCAGAACAUACAGAGCUUGCUGUAAUUUAUUUGAACAAUUCUGGAAUUUUUUACAUUCACCCUGAAGCCUUCACUUCGCUAAGAAAACUGUACUACUUGUAUCUCAAUGGUAACUACAUUCAACGCUUAGAUGCUGGAUUAUUUGAUGGACUCUUCAAUCUCCACUAUUUGCAUCUUCAACAAAAUCAUAUUGAUGUUCUUCCUCAAGGGUUAUUUCAGCAAUUGAAAGCAGUCCGAUAUCUGUAUCUUCAGAACAAUAAACUCCGUGUCCUCGACAGCAAUGUAUUCUUUGGAAUGAUUAAGCUACACACUCUAAAUUUAGCCAACAACAAUAUCUCACGGAUAUCUGACACGGCAUGGCAUCACUUAGACAACCUUGAAAUUCUAUACCUUGACAGCAACAAUUUAAUUCAAGUGCCUUCCAAUGCUCUGAGAUUACUGAAAGGUCUCAAAAAACUUUCACUGUCAAAUAACCAGUUGGGAUCAAUACACAAUUUUGCCUUCCAAGGUCUUUACUCAUUGCAGUAUUUGUUUGCAGAUAGUGCAAAUAUCCAAGCGAUCAGUGACAGAGCUUUUAGUGGACUCGGCAAUCUUAAACUGUUAAGUUUAAGUCGAAAUGGGCUAUGGGCCCUCGACUCGAAAUCUUUCACUCACCUGAAUCACUUGGUAAACCUGCAGCUGGACCAUAAUGACAUAGCCACUGUUGCUGAUGAUACUUUUGAAGAAAUGGGGCCAUCUCUAAAAGUUCUCAAUCUUUCGUUUAAUAACUUGACAUCUCUGCAGCCUAAAGUACUUCAGUCUUUAAUCUCUUUAAACUAUUUCUUAGCAAGUUAUAAUCCUUGGCACUGUGGAUGCAAUUUGUUGAGCCUGAGAAGUUUUCUGCUUUCUUCAUCGUAUAAAUUUAGCAUUCAUUGUGAGACUCCAUCACAGCUGCAGAAGCGACCACUGGGUAAUGUCAAAGUUGCUGAGUUUAAGAACUGUGUGUUUACCACUACAAAUGCCUCACCCAAAAAGGAUUCUCGGUUAUAUCUGGCUACAACUGAAGCCAUGCACAGCCAUAUGAAAAGUGCCACAUAUAAGCCACUCUUUAGUUCUCAAAGUACGGAUUUAAUGUUAUCUGCUGGAUCAGCAUUUCCUGCAUUCAAUAGCAAUGAUACUCAGAGUAACACAACACAGAGCACUGAUGAACAGUCACCUGAAGAUAUCCUGCCUUUUCCACCAGUAAAUUUAACCAAAGACAGAGAAAAUUCCCUACCACCAGACAUAGUUACAGUGUCACUUAAACCUACUGUGAUAUGCCAACAGAAAGCACAAAGUCUAAAACAAUCUUUUCAUGUUUUACUCUUAUUUUUCAUUCUUUCUUGUGUGGCUGUUGCAGUUCUAACAUUUAAACUGAUUCAGAUGAAGAGAAAUCUCAGAAUUCCUGAAAACCAGGGAGACAGUGUGCUGGAAUAUUAUAGUUGCUAUCAGUCCGGAAGGUAUCAGGUGACUGACCCUUUACGAAUUGCACCUCUUAACCCUUUGCAAGGUCCUGGAAUUGACUUGAUAAGACCACUCAAGCAGUCCCCUCCAGAUGCUCAGACACAAGUCAUCUUGUUUGAACACUCCGCUCUCUAG